ACAACUGCGCAUGCCCGAAGAAUUGGGCAACAAACAUGGCGGCGCACUUGUCAGUGGUGGGGAUGGCUUGUAAAGGUGCAAUCCUUGCUCGUGUUCGAUGGCUGGGGAAUAUGAGGUACUUUUCACCGGCGUUGUGCAGAUGUUCGAGAGUGCAGACGGCGUCCCUAUGCAGUUCCGGGACGGAACAGAAACAGGGAAACCAAAGGGAAAGCAAUAGAGCUGAGGAGGACCCUGAAGGUCCUGAGUACAUCCCCCUUACAAAGGCUAAGAAUCCCAUGAUGAAGAUUGGCUAUGCAUGGAUGGUAGGCCUCCCCGGUGGCAUCAUCCUCUUCUUGCUGGCCAAAAGGCAAGUGGACAAGAACCGUUUAAAGCAGCUGAAAAGUCGACAGAAGAUGCAAAAAUCAAAUGAGGGCAACUACGAAGGGAGCCGCUACCGGCGUGCUGCGGAGAACGUCAAACUUGACCAGUAAUGCCUGUGCUUGCUAAAAGACUGAUUGUCAAGACAGUAAAAAAGUAAGAGCAUGGACAUUUUAGCAGCCUUUUAAGCUCUUGCGGGGAUCAUGACAAAAUAUCCUCAUGUUUGAAUGAGAUGUAUUGAAUAUUUCAUGUGUAAUAUCAAUGUAAUGGAGAAAAUAUAACUUGAAUUCACAAAAUCCUCCAACAUACACAUAAAGCUCACAAAUACAAAUAUUUAUUAUACAUGAAAUGUAAACAGAACAUGGCUGUCACAGCGUGCCUAGGGAUAUGAUGUCAUCUUUUACACAUUUGAAAAUACUGUUAAGAAUGACACUUUUAUCCAAUUAGCUUCUUAUAGAAUUAGCUUCUUAAUUUGAUAAUGUAAGAUUCAUAUCGUCAAUCACAAAGAGAUUUACAACUCUGGUCACUGUUAAGUUCUUUUGGAUUUACGGUAAGCCAGCCUGCACUCGAAAAGGCAGAGAUGAUCGUCGAGGAUGCUUUAUCGACUCAAGUCCAGUAGAUUUUCUGGAGUUUUAUUUCACAAUUAAACUAUUUACAGGAGCUUGUCAGGUUAGGUUGAUGACCUUCAAUCAAAGAGUACACAGUUGUAACUUAGGAACAAUAGUUGGUUUCUUGUGUAGCUGCCUUAGCAAUGCAGCCAGUUGGUCUGUCGUCAGUGUCGAUUUCAGAGAUUGUAUUUUCACCUACCAUACUAUAUUGGGUAUGGUGCCAGUAUGGUGUAAAGGUGUUAGGGGGUGUUAUUUCAGGUCUAGAGGGCUCUAAUAAUGCAAAAAAACAUAUAUAAAAGGUCGUAAACAAGUUUUCUAUGCUCCAAUUACAGAAAGAUUUGGUUUUGAUGAUAAGGAAUCCUACUUGGCCUACUUGGAAUGAUUGCGGUCGGGUAUGGAACCAAUUAACCGUGACAGUUGAGGGACUACUGUACAGCUCUUUCCUUGUUGGCCCACCGUACAAUGUAAAAAUACAACCGCUGCGAGGUGUCGAGUCUUCUUGAAGUCACAAAAACCCUCCAACAUGCACAUAAAGCUCACAAAUAAAAAUAUUUAUUAUAUAUGAAAAGUCAAACUGAACUUAUUUACAAACCAUCACCCCCACGUACACCAGCAACUGUGUGCACUAGUUAUUUUAAGUCAAGGUCAAAGAAAUAAGGACCAACUGUAUGCACUGACUGCGCACAUGUGGGGGAGCUCACACCCUUGACACACUUUAUCGAGACUGUAUUAUGCCAAGAAGUGCCUGAUUGUGGCCAAAAUACAGCUAUGCAACAUAUUCUACAUUAGAAAAUAAUGCAUGUAGCCCUAAACCGCUUCUUAACCAAUCCUUACAGAAGCAUGUAUGUAAAAGUAACAGCCUAGCAAAACAUCUCAUGAAGGCACUUCCAAGUUAAGCACUACAGUCUACAUGCAGAUACAAAUACUUUACUUUACUUCAGGCCAGCAAGAGUGGCAGGAUGAUUGUUGGUUUAUAAUUGUACAAAUAUAGAAGAAAGUGCAUAGAAUUGUCUUCUGCAAUAACACAAUCUUAAAUUCAGCCCUCAGGUAAUGCUCAUGAUGUGGAUAAUUAUUUCAUAUACAUUCUAGUUAUGACUGAACGCAAGCAUAGGAUUUUACAGCAUGGAAUGGUUCUGUAUGUUGACGAUGCCGCUUGAGAUUUAUUUGCUGGAACCAAUAAUCUGCAGCAGGAAAAGGAAGAUCUGGACGAUGUCGACGUAGAUGGAGAGCGCGGCGAACACAUAUUCCUCGGGACUGAUGGAAUACUUCCUGUUUCCGAUCAGGAGCUGUGUGUGGUACGCCAAGAACUGCAACACGUGACAGGAAGCUCGCGUUAACUCUUGAUUUCACAGGCCAUCAAAAAGUGCUGAAGGCUGCUAAAUACUCACCAGAGUGAAAGCUAUGGCUCCUAUAGCAGCGUAAAGCAUGUGAAGCCAGUAGAUCUGCCAGAGCAAAACAGGCAUACAGUUGGCGGUAAGUUCAUGUCUGGAGUCGGCGUGCUUUGGUUAAAAGUAAAAUGGAACUCACGUAUUUGAAAGACAGCACGAUGACUGUAAUGAUGCCCGUCACAAAGACGACAAUCCCGAGGACACAAAAGAAGCCCUGGCACUUGGUGAAGUCCACCUUGGCAGGUCAAUCAGAAUAUGCAAGACAGAUGUUUAAAAACGAUGGGCCAACACACGCACACGCACACGCAGAGCAUACCUUGGUUUGGAAGCAGAAGACUGUGACAGCGAUGCAAACGACAGCAGUGAUGGCCAAAGCAAGAAACACUGCCUUUGUAUCAUAGUAACUGAAAGUGACAAUGCACACAAUUAUGGAAGAGAAAUGGCUGGACACAUCAAAUUGCACUUUUUCUUUUUUACCUGGAUAUGGAGCCAGUCAUGUAAGACAGUGCCAGGGUCUGUGAAAAAUAUACAUAGUACAAAUAGAAUUAAGCCCAAACGGCCAAAUUGAGUUAAAGCAGUGGUUCUCAAUUAUUUUAUGUCAAUGGAGGUGCUUGCUAAUGCUAA